AGCCCUUUCCAAGUGUGAGAUUCCUUUACCUCCAUUGGUCUCUCUCUCCUUUCUCUCUAGUCUCUACCUUCCUUUGCCCAAUAACUACUGUACGAUACUAAUCAAUCGAAUUCCCACACCUUUUAUAUAUUUUAAUUACACUCGAGUACUUAGUUAGGAUCAUGAAUUCUGCUUCUCUGUCUAUAAAUCCCUCUUUCUCUUCUUCUCUCUGCCUUUCAACGUCUGCCUCAUCCCCUUCUCGCUCAUAUUGUUCAUACCCACCAAAAGGCGUUAGAUUUCAACAUUCUCGCUCUGUGGGAGCUAAACUCAGUGAUAUUUAUUUCAGAAGAGUACGAUUUUGCCCCUUGUCGAGGUCAGAGAGCUCGAACAGUAGAAAAAGUUUUGGUCUUGAAUCCGGCAGGAUGACUAUUGCGGAGGCUAAUUUACACGAGGAAGAGGAGGAGGAGGGGCCUCCUGCUUUGCCCGACACUGAAACUAUUUCGAGGCCUCGUCGAAUUGCUCUCUUCGUUGAGCCUUCUCCGUUUGCAUAUGUCUCAGGAUACAAAAACCGGUUUCAGAAUUUCAUUAAAUACCUCCGUGAGAUGGGAGACGAGGUACUGGUUGUGACAACGCAUGAAGGAGCCCCCCAAGAAUUUUAUGGUGCCAAAAUUAUUGGAUCCCGGAGCUUCCCCUGUCCUUGGUAUCAGAAGGUACCACUCUCCUUGGCACUUAGUCCAAGAAUAAUUUCAGAGGUUGCCCGGUUCAAGCCUGACAUUAUACAUGCCUCAUCGCCAGGCAUAAUGGUUUUUGGUGCUCUUGCCAUUGCUAAACUUUUAUCUGUUCCUAUUGUUAUGUCCUAUCAUACUCACGUACCAGUAUACAUUCCAAGAUACACAUUUAGUUGGUUGGUCAAACCCAUGUGGAUGGUCUUAAAAUUUCUUCAUCGAGCAGCUGAUCUGACACUGGUGCCAUCGGCUGCCAUUGGAAAAGAUCUAGAAAAAUUUCAAGUAACAACAGCUAACAGAAUUCGUCUGUGGAGCAAGGGUGUUGACUCUGAAAGUUUUCAUCCCAGAUUCCGUUCACACGAAAUGCGACUAAGAUUGAGUAAUGGUGAACCUGAAAAGCCCUUGAUAGUACAUGUUGGGCGACUUGGAGUUGAAAAGAGUUUAGAUUUUCUCAGAAGCCUUAUGGACAGGCUUCCUGAAGCACGUAUUGCUUUUAUCGGGGAUGGACCAUACAAGGAGGAGCUGGAAAAAAUGUUCAAAGGGAUGCCAGUAGUAUUCACAGGAAUGUUAGGAGGGGAAGAACUCUCUCAAGCAUAUGCCAGUGGUGAUGUUUUUGUUAUGCCUUCAGAAUCUGAGACACUUGGGCUUGUUGUUCUGGAGGCCAUGUCUUCUGGGAUUCCUGUGGUGGGAGCGAGAGCCGGUGGAGUCCCUGACAUGAUUCCUCCAGAUCAAGAAGGAAGGAUUGGCUAUCUCUACAAUCCAGGUGAUAUUGAAGAUUGUUUGAGCAAAUUAAAACCCCUUUUGCAUAACAAAGAGUUGAGAGAAACCAUGGGCAGAGCCGCGCGGCAGGAAAUGGAAAAAUAUGACUGGAGGGCAGCCACAAGAAAAAUUCGCAAUGAAAAUUACAAUGCCGCCAUUUGGUUCUGGCGCAAGAAACGGGCUCAAUUGCUGAGACCUUUACGAUGGCUGGCUAAAUGUAUUUUCCCAUCCCCAGAAGUUAGCUACAGGACUAUUACACAAGGUGCCAAGAACAGUUAGGUAGGGAAUGAAUUCAUGUUCAGAAGCACAGACCUGCACGCUGAUGAUGAAGAAUUGGAUGAUGAAUGAGAAGGCUUUGAUUGGUAAAUCUUCAACCUUCUGUGAAAUAAUAAAACUGGAUGUGUCAUUCUGAAGGAGUCUGGCAAAAUGUUGGGUAAUUGUUUAAAAGUGGUGGGUCAUAGACUCUUGAGAAAAACAGAAAAAAUUUCAGUGUGAAUCUGUUAAUUAAUUGGAAUUGUGCUUCUUAAUACUCGCGUGCACGGUUAUUGGUUAUUGGAUCACAACUCCUUUUAAUUGUAAGAAAAAAAGCAUUGUAUUCUGUGAAUUGCUUUUGUGUUAAUUAUAGUUUUGGCUCUAAUUUUCAGCGCUUUGGGGAGGAGCUUGUAAGCGUGGGUUAAAUUUUAGUAGGUUUGUUUAUCCCACUCAUGGGACUGAGAUACUAUAAGGUUAUUUAGUUUUACAUUGAGUGAGUUCAUUUAUGAAGUACUCAUGUAGGUUAUUCGUUCACUACCUCCAUUAUGUUGUAAUUUGCUGUAUUCACAGGCAAAUUUGAAGGAAUAUCUUUCUUUUAUAAGGAUCCUAACCUUCCAACUGCUUA